CCGAGGAGAGUCGUCGCAACCAGUGUCUACGCAUUCGCACAUCCUUAUACUUGGCCGGUCCUUCCAACGCCAUGGUUUCCUUCUACGUUGUCGCAAUCGCUGCUGCCCUCUGCUGCUGGGCUUUUCAGCGGCUGUCCAUACCGCGCGUCGACGAGGAUCUGGCCUCGGAAGUGAUUCUCGGAUUGCAGCACGACGGCGCUUCACAGCUGCCGCCCGUCUUUGGACACCGGGGUGGUGGCCUCGACGCCCCCGAGAACACCCUGGCAGCCUUCCUAGAGGCGAAGAAAAACGACGCUUACGGAAUCGAGUUCGACCUGUCCUUCACGCGAGACAACGUCGCCGUCAUCUUCCACGACGACACCCUCGAGCGGACCACCAACGGCAAGGGCCGGUUGGAGGACACGACGUUCGAGGAUCUGCGUCGACUGGACGCCUCGUGCAAGCACCCCCUCGCGCAGCGUUUCCCGGCCGAGCGCGUCCCAACGCUCAAAGAAGCCGUCGAAGAGUGCCUCCGCCUUGACAUGCGGCUCAUCAUAGACGUCAAGGAGUACGACUCUCGCGCCGUCCAGGUCGUCGACCAGCUGUUCCGCGAGAGACCGGAGCUGUAUCGGCGGGCUCUAGUAGCGUCCUUCUACCAUAAUUUCGUGUACGCGCUGCGGCGCCAAAAUCCCGGGAUCGUGACGGCGCUCACUUGGAGGCCCGGUGUCCUGACCUACGAGGACAUGAAUAACACGCAACCGCGCCACGACUCACGCUCCGUUCACCAGGCCGCCAGAGUAGCCGACUGGCUCCUCGACAAGGCCCUCCACAACGGCUUUCUUCCUCACCUGAUCGGUAGCUCCGCCGUUUUGAUUAGCACGAACAUACUGGACGCCGAGUACGUGCACGCCUGGCGCAAUCGCGGUCUGCACGUGAUUGCCUGGACCUCCAACCAUCCGGCCGAAAAGGACUUCCUCCGCCGUUCACUGCGGGUCCCCGUAAUCACCGAUACCUUACGCCAGGUCUAGCGAGCACGCGCGAUGGAGAAGUAUUCGUGUUUGUUCGCUUUCCUCCUUUUCCGCCAACACGUGCCGGUUCAUGA